AUGAAGCGCCGCGCUGAAGCUGCGUAUGGCUCCUCGCCGCCCCGUCGUGCCAGGCAGAUGCAUGACGCAUAUUCCGAGUCCACGUCCGCUGCCUCCUCGAGUCGCUCGAGACCGUCCACCAGCCCUCCGACAAGGUCGGUGCCUGCAGUGCCCUCGAGUUGGACAGGGCGUGCCCAAGCGAAAGCCGCGGCCAAGGCUUCGACCAAAGCCAAGCCGAAAGCCAAGCCCAAAGGCAGGCCCAAGGGCGUGCCUAAAAGGGCGAGACCGGCCGUGAAGGCCAUGGCCAAGAGGCGUGGUCGACCCAGGUUGAGUGGAGAUCCGGUUCCUGCUCCGUCCGCAGCCGGAGCUUGGCCUCGGUGCCAUGAGGUCUACGACCCGACAUGUGCCAGAUGCAUCUUCGGCAGGCGCAAGGGCACGUGGCAGAAGAUUCACGGCAGCUUCACCCGGCGGACUGCGUCAGGGUGUCUCGUGCAAGCCUGUUGGCUGCAGGAGCGCCCAGCUCGUCUGGGCCAGCGAUGGGGCAUCGGCUGUGGCGUGUGUGCACACUUGGUUCAGCGUGCCUCCUCUCUUCGAGACAACGGCAUAGGGCACCUGCGUCGCAGGUGGACUACGAAGUGGGCCCGCUUCGAAAUCUCCAGCGUGCACUGCAUGCAGGCAUCUUGCCUCCAGCUCCACGCCCAGUCUGCAAUCCACCUCACAGCCCUCAAGGCGAUGCAGCUGCCCGAUGUCAGCUUGUCGCAAUUGGUCUGUCAUGACCCGAGCGACACGAGUCUCCUCGUGGGCGCAGUGCCCCAGCUGCACGACUGGGUUCGUGCGUGGAGAACUGUUCGCAGUCCAAUCAGCUUCCUCAAGGCCGAAGCUCAUGAGAAGACGGAGGCCUAUGUGACCUGCAAGCGUGGGGAUGCGAGGCACCUGACCCGCACGGCCAUAAAGGACAUGGUGGAAAUCAUGGUGGAAGUGGUCAGGGAGACCAAACGCCGCAUCCUGGCGACGGCCGACCACGCGUCCAUCAGCCUGGACGACAAGGCUCCCUACCGUGUGGUGCGGUAUCGCUGUGCCAGGCAGAAGAUCGACACGGAUGCAGCGGACUCCAUGGCGGCGCCGUGGCUGGCUGACGGCGAUGGUGUUCUCUCCGUUUUGAGGAACGCAGGCCAGGCCCCGUCAACAGAAGCUUUGGAUGAGGAUUAUUCCAAGAAGAUCUGUCUCAGCAUACAGACGGCCUUGCAGCGCCUCGCAACCCCCAUGGGAAAGGGCCAGCAGCCGGACGUGGAUGUAAUGCAAAGAUUCAAGGAGGUGCUGUCGUCCUACAGUUCUGAUGGGGGUCGACCAAUGCGCAAAUGUGGGAAGCUUCUGCAGCAAGGCUACCCCAGAUUGGUCCUGUGCCUCCUUGACAAGGCGCACAACGUUAGGCGUGCGUCAUUGCCGAUUACGAUGGAGGAGAACUUUAAGAGCUGGUGGCACGCCGUCUGGGGCUCCAAACACUCCUUGAUCCCAGAUCUGCAAAAUUCCUCGGAGUGGCGGAUGCGAUUCCACGUUCUGCAACAGGCUGUUCUCAAGGCGAGCGGGAACAUGGCAGGCCAGGCCCAAGGAGCCUCAGAGCACAACAAUUUGGCAGCGGCAAUCAAGACGCUCAGCUUCGCCAAACAAAGGUUCGACUCCUUUUCAAGCCCGCAAGGGAAGUUCAUUGCCCUUCUGCUGCCCGUGGCUCUGCUGCUUGCUGCGCAGAGCAUGGACCAUCGCUUGGACGGCCGGGUCCGCCAUCGAUGUCGCGAGAUGUUGGAGCGCCUCACUGGCGAGAACAUCUUGCUUGCGGGGCUCGCGGCCGAUUUCGGCGCGGAGGUUCUGCGCUUUGUGCGACACUUCGAUGUCAGGGACCCGGACAUCGCUGCAACGUUGCGUCUUCGGGACGACUUCGUCUGCCGCCUACGCAGGCUUUUCAGUGAGGGGCGCAUCUUGCUGGAGCCUGAGCCUGACGGCAGCAUCCUGCCCGAGACGUUCACGCACAUGGGCGUGCGAACUGCUAUGGCAGCGGCUCCCAUUCAAUAUGGCGACCGCAUGCAUUGCCUAUGGGGGCCCACGGACAAAGCCAAGUGCAAGGAGAUUAUGUCUGGCCUACAUGUGGUGGUUGACGCUGUCAUCUCCAGAUGUUAUUCAGACAUGUCCGAGCCGGACUUGCACAUGGCGUUUGCCUUGUUCGACCUCCCUCUGUGGCAGCAGUUCAAGGUCCAGGCCGACGACGACCCCGGCACAUGGGGGGACAAUGUCGCAUCCAUGAAGCGACGGGCGGCCAGGCUGGCGCGGGCCUUGGGUCUGGACAGCCAUGUGCUGUGGCAGGAGACGUCAGCAGCGGUGCAUGCCUUCUUGGAAGACGAGGCUGCCGUCUCCAAUGCGUGCGAGAAGCAGGACUCACGCCCUUGCUGGCGUCGUGUUUUGCGGGGCGAGCAACUGCCGGGCUGCCAGAGUCGAUUUCAGGUCCUGCAGGAGGCGGUGGCUUUUUACGUGAGUGUGCAAGAUGGGGAGUGUUCCGUGGAGAGGGACCUUGCCCAGCUCAGAGAGCUCCUGAAGCACCACGAGGCCUCCUUGGACGAGCGUGGCGUUUGUGCUGCAAUGCUCCUCGAGCUUCGUCUCGACGGGCCCCGGCAGGAGUCCGAUCUUGCUUUGCGGCUCUCCGGUGAGGAAGUUGCCCAGGAUGCCGAAGCUGCUUUGUUGGACCCGUUCGCUCUGGCGGACAAAGCCGUCUUGAAGAUGACCAGCUUCACCCGACGAUGCGCCCAACUUUGGAUACAGCAUCAUGGGCGACGCUUUCGCUGCUACAAGGAGCGUGCCGACAAAGGCCAGACACGAGUUAAACGCCAGGGUACCAUGGCUUCCGUGUUCCGCGGCCAAGUUAAGGCCAGCAACGCAUUGGCCUCCAUGCAGCGCCCGCCUGCAGGCAACAGCGCCACCGUGGUGCCGGGCAUGCGACUUAGCAGCUUUGCUCAGCGUUCCAGCGAGAGACUCCGGCAGAAUGGUCGAUGGAAUGCAGAGUUGGAGAAGUUCCAGAAGCUGACGGAGUCCAAGAACGCGGAGAGGGCCCAGGAGCGUGCCAGGCAGCUGGCACGGCAGCCGCCGCUGAUGCCGCCUCUGCGGGUAGGCAGGGUUUUCAAGAAGGGGCCUUGCAUCCAACUGCAGCGCCAGACGGUGGUGGCUGAUCUCUCCACGGAAUGCAACGCCGCCGAAGCUUUCCCCGGUUGCCGCUACAAGCGCUGCCAGGGCAACAUCAGUUACGAAGACUUUCAGAGGACGUCCAUCUUGGUGGUCGACGAUGCGGUGGCCGUUGAGCAAGGCCGUGCUGGGCGCACGGAUGCCAUCAUAAGAGAUUGUUUAUUGUCUUCGAAGCUCACCUGGUUGCUGGGCCUUGUUGCCCUGGGCAAAGGGAUCGCCAGCAUUGCUCACUGGAAAACCCGCAAUCGCUGCCGGCACAUCAGGGACUAUGAUGCUGCCCACAAAUUGGUUCCCGCCGGCAUCUUUCUUUCUGCGGAGUUUCGCCACGGCCAUGGCGCUGUUGCACGCUGGCUGGCCAGGAUCGUCGCCCUGCCAGAGUCCCGCUGGAGGAUCUGCGACAUGGAGGCGGAGGCGGAUUGGCUGGUGACUGACAGCUUGAGCUUGUGUAAGUUCCUGGCCGCUGUGAGACGGCUGGCGCGCCACGACUCGGAGCUCACUUGUGAGGGGAGCAACUGGAAACUGGGGCCGACAGGCCAGCUUCCAAACAAGCCUGGCGCGAAGCGCCGAGCUGCUCCGGUUUUCGAGGGGGAUGCAGCAGAAGCAGAGAGCGACUGA